GGGCCCAUGGGUCGCCGUCCCUUUCUGUGCACAGUGGGCGCUUCUGACUUGCACCAGGACUCCAUGGUGCCUGAGGAUGGUCUGUGCGAGUGCCUCGUCUUCACGCACUACUACCACUCUUCCGGAGACACGUUCGCCGAUGACGACGCAAACAAGACUCGCACUUUCUUAAAGCACGCAGCACGGUCUUCAAGAACCACAUUUGGCUUAUCAGUGACGUACCGUAACGUGGCUGCCGCAAAACGAGACAUCGCACGACAGCAAGGCCAGAGCAAGUUGAGACAUUACUGGAGCGAAAAUCAUAUUUACCACUACGGAAUACUGGACGCCGAGUAUUACGGUUUUCCCGGCAACAGGACUCGCCAACUUCAGUUGGCGUUUGACCUACUGAGGGCUUUCAGGAGAAUACAGAAACGUAUCGAGCCGCACAAAGGCUCGACCAGCGGCAAACCACAGGGAUUUAUAAUCCUCGGUGUCACUCCCUGGGUCCGUGGAGACAAAGACGUCUUCGGGGAACUUUCAGAACACAUGAACUCAUUUAGCGUUGACGGACUCAUACUGAGGACGCAUCUGUUCGAAAACGAGAUUGCAAGCAAGUUCCGGACAUGCCAUCUUACGCCGCCUACUUCCUACGAAAAACCGAAAAGCGAUUACCUCGUGGGAAUGGCGGAUGUGCUUCGACUGUACAAGAAACACAGAGCACCAUCCUGGAGACAUAACCUGAUGUUGUCAUUCACCAUGGCACUCCGGUGGUAUAAGACAGACAACGGCCGCCUCGACAUCGGUGCGCCAUGCGACAAAAUCAGACGCCUCGCUGUUCGGGUCAUCGACGCAGCACAGAUGUGCGCCCUUUCUUUCAACUUCCCGAAUGUGGAAACGGGCGUGGCCCUAUUCGACACCGACUUUCAAGACUGGAGGGGAUCAUGCACCCGAGACAGCCAGGCGGCGUUGAAAGGCUCUGUGAGGCUACGACACGUGAGAGACCAUUACCGGAAGGCCUCGUCGCCAAAGUCGGGGUCCAAUUGCCCAAAGUUCAGCGCGGGAUCGAUAUGA